AUGUGGCGUGUGCACCGCCGUAUCGGAGUUGAUCCCCGGUUUAUUGACCGCUGCCAGGACAUCUACCAGGAGUCAGCUUUCGUGGUAGUGAAUGGGAAGACCGAAGCGACCGAACCAGUGCAACAAAAAUUGGGUGUCUCCCAAGGUUGUUCUUUGAGCCCGCUCCUAUUCAUGGCUGCGCUGGUCCCGUUGGUGCGUAGCAUCGAGCAGCUUGAGAAUGUCGGUGUGCCGCUCGCGGAUGGUGUGCGGCAGUGCGCCACCGCCUAUGCGGACCAUAUAAAAAAGUUUAGCGACAGAUCGGACGGUAUUCACCGAGGCCAUGGUGUGAUGCAGCGUUUCCUUCAGUGGACGGGUAUGUGGGCAAAUCCUGCCAAGUGUGUCAGCCUUGAUGUUACGACCAAUGCCCGUGGCAACCCAGUUCGUGACGAGAGUGUCCGGUUGGAAAUUCACGGUGAUCCCAUUGCUCGACUCACCCUCAAUGAAAGCUAUCGCUAUCUCGGGGUGGGUGAUGGGUUUGAUUAUGUCCAGCACCGCCUCCAGCUUGAACCCAAGUUGCAACAAAUUAAAACUGAGGCGGUCGAUUUGAUGCAGUCUGGUUUGGCAGCUUGA